AUGGAGGCCAAAUUGGUCGCCCAGUGCAACAAGUGUCACCUCUUCUUUGAAGCUGCUGGUAUCAGUCAACACCGCUCCCGAUGUGGUGCCAAUCUGAAGCGAGCGACCGAGGCGUUGUUUCAUGCGGCUGGACACGACCUGCUUGAGAUUAUGCGUGGCGCUUGGCCCCAACAGUGUGUAGGGUCUCGCGUCAGUGUCUGUGAGCUGCUCAAGCUCGCCCGGCAUCCACUGAUGCAGCGCAGCCGCUACCCAUCCAACGCCACCGAGACCAAGCUGAUGGCUGCCACCCUGAGCCAGCUGUAUUGGUCUGCCGUCCACUCGGACUAUACCGCUGAAGAGCGAGAGAUGUGCUGGGCUUUGAUUUUGGCCUUGCCUAGCAUGUUGUUGGCUGCUCCCUCGACCGCACUGUCUACGAUUGACCUGCGCAAUAUGUUUCACGAUCGUCUCCGUUGGCUUGUGACGGGGCAACUAGGUCGGGUCGUGGACGCCAUGCGCAAGGCAGUCGCACGCAAGCAGAGCCGUCGAGGACAGCUGAACGCCGGCGCGGGCGCCCACCCGAACGACGCAGUCGACCAGAGCCUCAGGUCGCUCGUCCGCGACCCGGACCUGGCGGACGAAGCCUGGGCAAACCACGUCACGAACCGUGUGAACCAAGAGCCCAAAGAGUCAAGACAGUGCCUCUGGCCAUCAACGUCUUUGGCUUUUCCCUUGCAUGUUGCACGUGAACGCCAAUCACAGGGCAAGCAUAGCGACGCAAACGCACUCAUGCACUGCUGGUGGCAGCCUUGCGCACACUGA